AUGUUCAUCAAGUCUUGGAAAAAAGAAAUAGAACAUGGUGGUUUUCCGUUGCCUUCCAACAACAUAAGAUACGCUGACGACAUAGUCCUGCUGAGUGACAGUAAAGAGGGAUUACAGAAAAUUCUGAAUCGACUGUUCAAAACUGGAUUGGAGAAAUUCCAUAUGAAAAUAAAUGAAAAGAAGACAAAAGUAAUGAAGGUUUCAAAGAAGGAAGAUAUGGAGGAAUUCCAGAUCAUUCUGGGAAAUAAGGAACUUGAAAGGGUUAAAAAGUUUGAAUACCUGGGAAGCUGGAUAACAAGUGAUAAUAGAUGUAAAAUGGAAAUUAAAAGCAGAAUUAAUAAAGCAAAAGCUGCCUUUUAUCAGAUCUAUCAUAUAUUAACAAACAGAGGCCUUAACAUAAAACUGAAAAUAAAAAUCCUAAGGACAAUGAUCUGGAGUGUACUAACAUACGGAUGUGAGGCAUGGACUCUUACGCAUGAAAUGAUGGAAAGAAUUAACUCAUUUGAAAUGUGGUGCUUGAGAAAGAUGCAAAGAAUAAGUUGGACGGAGAAAAUAACAAAUGAGGAAGUUUUGGACAGGCUGGGCUUGAGGAGAAGGUUGCUUAUAAAUAUCCAACAAAGAAAGGUACGAUAUGCUGGACAUUUGGCUAGAGGAUCAGGAGGACAACUACGAAAGACGGUGAUUGAGGGACUGGUGGAGGGGACAAGACCUAGACGAAGACCCCGAAAGACUUGGAGAGAUAACAUCAAAGACUGGACUGGAAAGGAUUUAAGAGAAGCCUGGAAUAGAGAAACAUGGAGAGGAAUAGUUCAUCAAAUGCAACCCUCUGUAGAGAGGAUGCCACUGGAUAGAUAG